AUGUCUCUGAGUGUUUAUGAGGAUCUGAUCUACUUUGAGGAGCUGAACAGAGCAGAUCGAGACGAGAUAACGGUGGUUAUAUAUGAGAGUUCAGACUCUGUUAGAGGCCUCGACCCUGACACUGAGGUGGAGGACGCCAACAUGAUGAGGAUCCUGAAAAGACAAAAAGCAGGAUUGAAGAGGGAAGUGACCUACCCAGAUGUGUAUCACUACCUUGCUGAAACGGAGUGUGUUUACACCAGGGAGGCAGUGAAAGCGUACCGCACUUUGGACGCAUAUAAUUACCUUCUUAGUGGAAAACUGUGUUUCCUCAUAGAGAGUCGCUCUGCAGGAAGCAGACGCUACAGACUGGCUGCAGUGGGUCUGGGUCUGCUGUGUGUUCUCCUGCUGACUGCCAUCACAGUGCUGUGGAUCCAGUUCAACCACCUGACUGCAGAGAGAGACCAGUUACAGACCAGUAACCCCAACCUGACUGCAGAGAGAGACCAGUUACAGACCAGUUACACCAAGCUGACUGCACAGAGAGACCAGUUACAGACCAAGAGAGACGGGCUCCAGAGAAGGUUUUCUGAACUGGAGAAGAAUGUUAAAAAGGACGGGUGGAUCGACUUUAACUCCAGUCUUUACUACGUCUCUACUGAGGAGAAGAGCUGGACUAAGAGCAGAAACGACUGCAGAGAGAGAGGAUCAGAUCUGGUGAUCAUCAACAGCAGAGAAGAACAGGACUUCAUUAACACAUUGAGAAAAGGUCAGGGGGUUUGGAUUGGUCUGAGUGACGCUGAAACAGAGGGGGUCUGGAAAUGGGUGGACGGAUCAGAACUGAUCACUGGGUUCUGGAGACCUGGAGAACCCAACAGCAAUGGAGAUGAGGACUGUGUUAUAACUGACAUUGGUUCUGAUCCUGUGAAUAACUGGAAUGACUAUCCCUGUAAUCGUCAGUUGGUUUGGAUCUGUGAAAAGAGAAUAUAAAGAGUAGAUAUUGUGGGAGAAGUGUGUAAUAUUACC